ACGCGAUGAAAUCAUUGCCUUGUAUUAGCUCAUGAGGUAAACAGCUUCGCCAGUGAGUUGAGUGCAGUGGACAGUAUCAGUGCUGUGUCUGUGGCGGUUAAAAACUUUUAACUGACUAGCUCACAAUGCCGUCCCUCUCGCUGAAGAUAGUGCUGGACGAGGGCGCUGUGACGCGCAAAGUGAAGUUCAAUACGAACAUGACGGUGAAGCAGGCGCUCGCCGUAGUCAAGGAUAAGGUCAUCGUGCCUGAUAAGGGGAAAGAAUACGCACUAUUCCUCCGGUCCGCCGAUGAUGACAUGACGGGCGUGUGGCUGGAGGACGACAGGACCUUGGACUACUACAUGCUGAGGGACGGAGACUCCCUCGACUACAUCUGCAGGAUCAGGACGCUGAGGGUCAAGCUACUGGAUGACACGGUAAAGACACUCCAAGUGGACGAGGCAAAGACGGUGGGCGAGCUGAUGAUGAGCAUUUGUGCCCGCAUCGGUAUCACCAACUAUGAUGAAUAUGGAUUGUGCCAUGAAGAAGAGGAAGAGACAGAAGAAGCGAAAGAAGUGAAGGAAGGCACGGGCACCCUGACGUUGAAGAGGAAGCAAGCCAAGCAGGAGCGUGAUGCUGCACUGGAACAGCUCAGUAUAGACCCCAAGGAGACCCUGCUGCUGAAGAGGAGGCUCUACUACUCCGACCGUAACGUAGACUCCAGGGAUCCAGUCCAGCUCCACCUGCUGUACGUGCAAACUAGAGACACCAUCCUCAAUGGUACACAUCCAGUUACUGAACAGCAAGGUAACGAUACCGACCGAGACACGACGAGGCCGACGCCGACGGCCGACGAAUCGAGGCGAGUCGACGACACGCGUCACCGACCAGUGUACGCCAUGAUGUUCAACGACAACCACGAUAUAACACUCAUUCGCCUUGUCAAACAAAACCCCGUGCUAUACGACACAAGCCAUGAGAAAUACAUGGAAUUUAACUCACGAGAAGUCGCUUGGCAGAAGAUAGGCGACGCUCUAAAAAAACCCGGACUCAAUGAUGAAGAGGAAGAUGAAAGAGGACCCAACUCCUGGGUCGACCCACCCGAAGAAGAACAUCAACGCAGCGAUGAAGAUUCAGACGUACCAAAGAAGAAAAUUAAAACUAGAAAGAAAAGGUCCAAGAGGAAACAGGAACCGCAUUUUGAAGAGGUUACUCACACGGUCCCUAUGUUUAAUGAAAGUAUGACCACAGAGUUAGACGCGUCAGAUUCUGUGGACGCGUUCUUACUAAGUAUCGGAUCCACAUUGAAGACUUUUUCUCCAUAUCAUUUGAAUUUAGCAAAGAGCAAGAUUUUCGCAGUGGUUCAAGAUCAUGAUUUACAGCAGAUUGUAGAACGUCAGAAACCUUCGACUGAAGGGUCUGAAAUUAAAAUUGCAACUACACAAAGUUACUAUUCAGGAUAG